ACGCUGGCAGUCCACUGGAGGGCUCUGGAGGAAUCGACGACGUGAGCCGGUGCUCUGCGCAUGCGCUGAGCGCCCGCGGAAAUUCAAACGCUCGAGCUCAGCUGACAGACGCGGACGUUUGAAAAAUCCAACUCUAACACGGUUAAUGUAUUGAGGUGUGAAAAUGGAGAAUCAAAAGAGACCGAGAGAUCCACUGGAGGAAAACAUUUCAGCCUCUAGUGAACUUGAAAAUGUGUUGAAGAAAAGGCGGUUGGCAGCAGGGGGAGAAGAGAACCUGGACCCCAAGAAAUCCCCUGCCAGGGCACAAUUGAGAUUGGCAGAGCUGGAGGUGAAACCAGACACUCCUGCCAUAGCCUCCAUCCAUUCUAGAGUCCAGCAACUCAGCCAGAGACGAGAUGGUGCGACUGGGUUAGUCCAGCGCUGCCUGUCUGAUCCCGGGUCCGAGGGUAGCACUGGCACCAUAUCCUCGCAGAUCUGUCACAUCGGUGAAGGAGAGUUUAGCUCUCGUCUGCAGCGCUUCAAAGCUCCAACACCGCUGAACAGCCCCGGUCGCUCCACCCCCUGCACGCGCAAUCUCUCCAGCUUUGUGCAUGGCAUUCAAAAGCAACUGAAUGCUGCAGUGACACCCAGCAGUAAAGAGGCCUCUCGUAUUCGCCAGGCACGUGAGGAUGAGUUGCGUCAAUUGAAGGUUCAGCCAGUGGCAGAAAACAUGUGGCUGAAGAGAAGUCUAUCUGACUCCUCCCUCACUGAGAGGGCAUCUCCAUCCACAUCCUCUCCCUGGGUUUACAGGACAAAUCGAAAACCCCAGUGGCCUCCGUUACAGCCUGGGAGUGACGAGUUAAAGGGAACCGAAUUCAGCCCCUGUGAGCUUGACAGUAAAGUAUUUGAUGGAAGCCUGAACACCACACCGCCAUGUUCUGUGGACAUUCGUUUCCCCAAUGAAGAACUUUAUACAUCUACAGAAACUGGGACUUUGAACACUUCUGCUCUAAUUGACAAGAUGUUUGAAGACGUCCUGCAGCAUGUAGACCAGGAAGCUGAAGAUGAAGGUGAAGAUGAUGAUGAUGAUAAUAAGGAAGAGGAGGUGGAGAAAGAUGAGAGCAAUUCAUCAGAGACUGAAAAGGAAGACAAAACCGAAUCAGACACAACUGAAAAGGAAGACAAACAGGAACCAAUCACUGUCACAUUAAAUGAGGAUCCUCUUGACCACAGUGAGGAAGAAACUCCAGAAGACAGUUCUUCAACAGAUAAAGAGGAGCUCCAGUCUGUUGAUGGUGAAGGAGAAAUGGAGGAAGAGAAGGAGAGCGGCACCAUGGGUGAUGAAGACUUUCUAACCUUGCCUCCCAGCUGUAUUCUUUCUCCUCUCAGCAAGUCUGUGGAGGCUGUUGUCACACCACUGAAGAUUGAAAUCACAGUGUCUGAGCCAUCAGUACAACCGCCCUCACCUGAAGAAACGACAGCUAGCCCUGCUGAAGGUGUUCCACCAUUAUACAGCAUUGAUGCCUAUCGCUCACAAAGCAAGAGCCACCCCCCUUCUACUCAGAACUUGACCAUUGGAGUUCAGAAGCAGGUUCAAGAGAAGACCUGCUCAAAAAAGACCAUCAACGUCAAAGACCGAAUUAAGGCUUUAAAUGAGGAGGCAGGCAAGCUACAGACAAUCAUCACACAGACGCUGCAGGCUCUGAGCUGUUGCAGUGAUGAGGAGCAUGGGAAAGGUUCCCAGCAGGAGGCAGAGGCUGAGAAACUUCUGCUUGUCUCCAGUGAGAAGAGAGCAGCCCUACUGGCAGAGGUAAGCAAGCUGAGAGAGGGUGAGUCUGGUCAACCAGACUCCCAGAAUGCACCUCUGCAGCCCUGCAGAGGAACAGUCAGCAUCAGCAGCAUUCAGCUGCCACUCAAGGUGGAGUUUGUGUGCUCAGCUCGCACAGGCCGUCCAACCCACUACUUCUUCGUUUUGAUCCGUUAUGGCCCAUGUAAUAUUGUGGCAACGCCUUUGGCUACAGCUUGUGAUGCCCAAAAUGGAGACACCAUCACCUUCCCAACUUCUAUUACACUACAAGACAUUCGCUCCAGUUUUGAGAUUGAUGUUGAGGUCUACAGUUUGUCCAGCACUCAGAGUAAUACCUGCAGUAUGAAUGCUCAGCAGUUCCGCAGCUCGACAAAGUCAAGGGUGACACCCAAGAAGAUUCUCCACAGCAUCACAAAAUCUAACCAGAGUGUGACUUCUGCUACUCUGCCUGGUCUGAGUGCCCAGCGCUCUAGUAACUUCACAUUAGUGGGAUCUCACAAAAUUACUCUCAAUUCAUUGGGGCAGAGCAAGUUCCCCCUGGACAAGAUGAAAUUUGAAGGCAAAAUCAGGCGACUCCUUGGAGAUGAGUUUCAGGAAAAGGUUCCCUUUCUCUCUCCUCUAGAAGGCCACAUCUAUCUGCGGUUGCACAGUGAGGGCCACUCCAAAGUCAAGCAUCAGGGCUUUUUGACCAUGUUUGAGGAUGUGAGUGGCUUUGGAGCUUGGCAGAGGUUCUACUUCCUUCUGGAAGGAGGACACCUGCUCUACUGGAACUACCCGAAUGAAAUGGGCAACAAGCCAGCAGAUGGGAGUCUCUCUCUUUUUGGCUUCCACAGUGUCAGGCCUGUUGAGCGAGAAUGCUGUGCACGGCCCCACACCUUUGAAUUGGUAGAGACUGACACCCUCCAGCAAGAACACAGCCAGACCUUGAAAAAGUGCUGGUUUUCAGCAGACACACGGGAGGAGAGGUCUGACUGGAUGGAGAAGCUGAAUCAGACCUUACUAGACUCUGUAACGUGGAACAAGAAGCCCGUCUCAAACGAUAACAGAGCCAGCACGUCCUCUAACACCGGAAACUCUCGUGAGAGUAUCCUGUAACACAACACACGCGUGAACCCUCACCAUGUAACACUAAGAAAGAAGAUCAUAUGUGGCACUAAAAAAAAUAUGAAGAGCUUCUGAGAAUAGAAGCAGCCAAGCUGAACUGUUUUACUUAAGUGCAUCAAAAUCUAAAAAAAUACACACUGCUUUAUAAGAUGCGUACAUUAUAGUGGCUUUUUUUUUUUUUUUUUUUAAAGGAAAUGCAAAUUCUGUCAUCAUUUACUCACCUUUGAGUAGUUCCAACCCUGUAUGAAUUUCUUUGUAUUUUUUCUUCUUACUAUGGAAGUUAUUGUUGACCCAAAACAGCCUGUUUACAAACUUUUUUGGAACAAAUCAAGGAUGAGUAAAUGAUGACAAUUUAUAUUUUGGGUGAACAAUACUUUAAGAUUUCUGAUCUGUCGUUACAUCUUAUAGAUUGUGCUAUAUUUUAGAAUGGUUUACCACACUGUAAGGAUAGAUGGAUUUGCCAUUGCCAUUAAUUUUCAGGUAAGCCAUGCCGUAAGAGCAGUCUGAUUUGAUUGUGUGAGAUAAGUCUCCAAAGUGCCUGUCGAAGUGCUUCUUUAUCACAUGCCUUACUCAGACAGUUGCUUAUGAUUGAGUGAUCAACUGAAAUGCUUUACAUUUUAAUUCAAUGAUCUAUUUCAGAUUAUGCUUAUGUAACAGGGUAUCCUUAAUUACAUGGUAUUGUUAAGUUUACUCCAUUAGUAGGGAAGCAUUACUUGUCUGCCUUUUGACUAAAGCUUUUUAUGUUUAUUGCUUUUUCAAUUACUCUGGGAACAAUUUUUUUGUGACUGUAAACUGCAGUCUUCAUCUAGAAGGGAGAAGCGUUUUUAUUUGAAUGUACAACAUAUGAAGUAUGUCCUGAAUUGUAUCUUAUUUUUCCGGGAGAAUAUUUUCAUAGUAUACCUCCCUUUAGGUUUUGGUUUUGAAAAACAUCUAUAAUUGUUUACUACAUAAAUGCUUUUGGGAGUACCUGGCCGUGCGUGAUAUCCAGUAAGGUGUAUGUUACAUUUUUAGGAGACAGUGUAGCCAACAUAAACUAAAUGAUUGAGUUUAUAUUUAAUCUGACAGUUGGUUUGGGGUUCUUGGGUUAAAAUCUGGACUUUAUAAGUAUAAAAAUACACUACAGAGCUGUCAGUCUGAAAAUGCUGUAUGAUAGUUCAUGCAGGGGAGAGAGUAUUGUACAUCUUUUUUGAGGUUAAUUUGAAGCUUCGGCAGGUUGUAUCUGUUGGUCUUGCUAAAGAGUUUUCACUCUAGGCACUGUGAAUCUGAUAGGAAGCUUUUCUGUGCCAUGUCUAUCCCAUAUGUGUGUGUUAUUGCCAAGGGUCUAAUACUAGUACUAUGUUAAACUAUAUAAAACUAUAUGAAAUAUCCUGGUACAGGUACUAUAAAAUAAAUAUGGCUGAUGAUGCCGGAAGUGUUUGUUUUUCUUGGUGGCG